AUGGAAGUCCUGGAAGCGACAGUGCUCAAUAGUGCGCAUUGCCGCCGCAGGUUGCGCGACAGCCAAUUGCUGAAGAAGUUCGAAAGAAUAAGUCCACCAACGCGGCCCCUUUCUGAUAUUGUACUGGUUCACAACUCCUCUCGUCGUCUCACGCAGCAACAGCUGGCGGUUUUGUCCUAUGUUACUAAAUUCAACACGAGAGAUGCUCGACCAGACCACUUCAUCGCAUCCUUCGAAUCAGCGCUCCAGAAGUGUGAGGCAAACGAAGAGUGCAAAAAUUCCAUGCGACAACAAAUGUCAACCCUUCUCCUCCGGCACAAACCUCAGAGGGCGAUUUCCGAAACUGAAGACCAAGAACUUCUGAGAAUUCGGAAGAUGAAGGAUAUCGUCACCCUGCCCGCCGACAAGGGACGCUCGAAUGUUGUCAUGGAUAAGGCCGAUUACACGGCGAAACUGCAAAGUCUGUUGGAGGACGAAGGUGUCUAUGAGCUUUCGGAGACGGGAGAGUUCAAGAAGCACGUGAAUAGAGUAAACAGGGCAAUAGACAAGUUGAGGAAGGCAGGAGCCUUAAAAAGAAAUGAGGCAUUGGCGGCAAAAGCCACAGAUGCCGCCAUGACGCGUUUCUACGGCCAGCCAAAAGUGCAUAAGCCAGGAGUCCCAUAG